AUGGCCAGUCAGCAACAGGCAGAAACCAAUCACGUCCCCACCUCCAGUGUCCCCUUUCUUUGUGCCACGGGCACGGUGCGGGACAAGGGCUUCGACACCUGCGAUCUCAGGCACCUCCGGAAGCUGAAGUACUUCUUUCAGGCAGCCGCUAUGAACCGCAUGGGCAUGGCGGAGUGGAGUGAGCCGGUGGUAGUGGACAUGGCCCGCACAUAG